AUGAUGUAUCCAUCCACCUUCUUACAAUCGCUGCUUCUGGGUGUACCUUUCAUAUCUAUAACAUGCGCACAAAGCGUGUACGACUCAGUUACCGAUCCCACAAAACGCGCCGAGUUCGCACUUUCAACACUACAGAUCUGGUAUAAUGCCGGUACGGGACUCUGGGAUACAGCAGGGUGGUGGAACUCAGCGAAUGUCAUGACUAUCAUCGCGAAUCUGGCAAAGAGUGACCCUAAAAAUGCACAACUGCAGAACCUUGCAACAAGAGUGUUCGCCAACACACUACUACAAGCGCCUGCGAAAAAUCCUCAACCCGGCGUUGAAAGCGAAGCGAAGCGAAGACGAGACGUCGAUCCAGGCAAUGGUACCUUCACAUUGCUUCUCAACGAAACGGGUACAGAAUCCGGAUACUCGAAGAACCUGAACCCAGAUACCAGCGAGCCACACACCACGUUUCCAACCGGUUGGGAUGCUGAAGAUGGGCAGUACAUCGACAUCCAGAGCCUGCCUAGUUUUGCCUCAGAAUCAAAGGACGCAGCUACACAAGUCGCUCUUGCCACGGCUCCAAACCCCGAAGACUGGCUCGACGGCUUCUACGACGACGAUCUUUGGUGGGCACUCGCCUGGAUUGGUGCAUACGACGUUACUCAGAACAUCCAAUAUCUUCAGCUCGCAGAAGGCAUUUUCGGCCAAGUCACAAAAGCUUGGCCAACGCGAUGCGGAAAUGGUGGUAUCUUCUGGAGCUGGAAGAAGGAUUAUAUGAACGCCAUUGCAAACGAACUGUUCCUCUCAACGGCUGCGCAUCUGGCGAAUCGAGCGGAGAACAGGGAUACAUAUGUCGAGUGGGCAGAGUUGACACUAAAUUGGUUCCUGAAUAGUGGGAUGAUCAAUGAGCAAGGAACCAUCAACGAUGGGCUGACUGAGGGAUGCAAGAACAACGGUUAUACGACAUGGUCCUACAACCAAGGCGUAAUUCUCGGUGGCCUAGUCGAGCUCAACAAGGCUUCGCCAAACGAUACGUACCUUCCCCUCGCCUCCAGAAUUGCAAAAGCUGCUCUUGUCAAACUCUCAGACGACAACGGCGUGAUUCAUGAUGGCUGCGAGCCGGGAUGCGGCGGUGACGGGAGCCAGUUUAAAGGCAUCUUUAUGCGCAAUCUGCAGCUUCUGCACGAAGCGACGCCGGACGAUACGUUCGCUGAUUCUAUUCGAGCGAAUGCAAAUAGUGUUUGGAUGAACAACAGAGAUGAAAGUCAAGGACAUGUAUUGAGCAUCAACUGGGCAGGGCCAUUUAUCAAUCCAGCGAAUGCGAGUACGCACUCGAGUGCGAUGGAUGCUCUCGUUGCCGCUAUUGCUUUGUAG